GCAAAAUCACUCGUCUUCGUCUCCAAGACUUCAGCAUCGUUCAUCGUCUUUCAAGAACUGGCCGCAACAGAGAAUGUUCGCAAACUAUUGGCACAGCAAAGCCUGUAUUACAAAUUACACGUAUGGAUCACUACCCACUCCAUGGUUGUUAUGAUGAUGGUUCAAUGUGCUCCUAAACGAUGCGCCAAUCUUUAAAGACAGGACAGUGUGCAUCUCCUAACCCGUUCAAAGCCUGCCAGUGCUGGGAGUUUACAAGCAUAGACAGCGCUCAACUGAAGGACGUAAAGUAUGCGGGCAAUGAGACUCUGGAAUAUGUCUUGCAGAUUGAACCGAUUCAGGGAGCUGAUCCAUUCUCCAUUGACUGUCUUCGAGUCACGAGCGCCGCUGGGCAAGAGUGACAAGCAAUCGACUAAUACGUUGUCAAGAAGACUACAGCCAAUGUUACAUCGGCGCUAUGUGUCCACGCUAUCAGGAAUCAAGGACAAUGCAUUAUGCAUGCUGCAUUGCGGAACAGUGGCGGGUCGUGGUGAAUAUGCACGCGAGACAGAUUCACUGAUUCAGAUCGUAUAACACUUCACUUCAACGGCAGCAUC